UCUACAAUGGAAGAUUGUACUAUCACACCCCCGAGUUCAAAAGUGAAGCGCAAUAAUCAUCAGUGGUCUCCUCAUGAAGACAAAAUACUCAUUGAGGGUUGUCUGGAAUUGAUCAACCAAGGUUGGAAAGCUGAAAAUGGAUUCAAAACUGGUUUUUAUCAGCAGCUGCAGAAGUGGAUGGCUACAAAAAUCCCUGGUUGUCAUAUUUUGGGAGAUCCAAAUAUAAAAAAUAGGUUAAGGCAUUUAAAAACUCAAUAUAAUGAAUUCUCUAUGAUGAGGGGUGCUUCAGGUUUUGGAUGGAAUGAGGAAACCAAAAUGGUUAAUUGUGAUGAUGAGGUUUGGGCUUCUUGGAUUAAGGGACAUAAAGAGUCAGUUCAUCUUAGACACAAGUCAUUCCCUUAUUAUGAUGACCUAGCAAUAAUAUUUGGUGCUGAAUGGGCAACUGGGGAUAAGUGUGAGUCUCCAGCUGAAAUGGUGACUAGUUUAGGAAAAGAAAGUGCACCUCAA